ACAAUAGUUGCUGACACAUGCCAGCAAACACGAGACGCAGUAGGAUGGCGCAGACAUUGGCGAGGCAGAGUGCGCCGCAUCUGUAGCACCAUUUAGACGCAAGGCUGCAUCGAUGCAGUUAUAAGAUGCUGAAUCGAUGUCCUCAUCGAAGCGCAACUCUCGUCGCUCUACCCACUUAGUCCUAUCGCGAAAUGGAGCCGCUCAGCGUUACUACUAGCGUUACUGCCAUCCUACAGCUCACCUGCAAAUUCAUCCAAUACCUGAGCGACGUCAAGGACGCGCCAAAAGAAUGCCAGCAAUGCAUGCUCGAGGCAUCUAACCUCUUGAACCUCCUGAUAAACCUUCAUUGCCGCCUCGAAUAUGGUCAGGCCGGUGAUCCGUGGUUCACGGCCGUUCUGGCUCUCAAUGUUGCGGGUGGACCUUGCGACCAGUUCAAGCAGGCCUUAGAGCAGUUGCAGUCGAAGAUCGAAAUACAAAAUGGCACGCAAAUGUCUAAAAAGCGACUAUUGUGGAAGUUCAGCAAGGCAGAAGUUGCUAGCACUCUCGCACGAAUGGAACGGCUGAAGAGUCUUUUAACGAUACACACGCUUAGCAAUACACUCCCCCAUCUUCAGGCAUACAUGGCCACCAUCCGCGAAACUCAAAAUCUGCAAUGGAAUGCUCAGAAUCUUCAGCAGCGCCAGCCUAUUUUGGAUUGGCUAUCGCCCACAGACUUCCCGGCCCAGCAGCACGAUAUUAUUUCACGGAGACAAGAAGAUACAGGGCGAUGGUUACUAGACUCUCCAGAGUUUCAAGGAUGGUUGCAGGGAGCCAAUAGGACACUGUUUUGUCCUGGUAUUCCAGGCGCUGGCAAAACGAUGAUGGCAGCAAUUGCCAUUGAUCACCUCUACAAAUCCACACAGAGCGGUGACAUUGGAGUAGCAUACAUAUUUUGCAACAACAAGGCGAAAGCUGAUCACAGCGCGCGUACUCUGCUUGCUGCCCUCUUGAAGCAGCUCGUGCGAAGUUCGCCGGAUAUGGCAGCUCCGGUGACAGAACUCUACGAUCGCUACUCAGAGCGAGGAAGCAGACCAUAUCUUGACGACAUAUUCGAGGCUCUACAGUCCGUCUGCUCGAGUCACACUAUAGUACAUAUUAUAGUAGAUGCGCUGGACGAAUACGAAGACAGAGAUGGUGAGCGGAGCAGAAUUAUCGACAAGCUCCGUAAACUGCAAACGAAAGGGGACGUACGGCUCUUAUUUACCUCCCGGUUCAUUCCUGGAGUAACGCAGAAAUUUCGAUCGAGCCCUACUCUAGAGUUGCGAGCCAGCGACGAGGACGUAAGGCGAUUUAUAAAAGGUCAGAUACCGCGUCUGCCGAAAUGCAUUCUACGGGACGACAAACUCCAGCGUGCUGUUCAAGACAAGAUUACCGAAGCUGUUGAUGGCAUGUUCCUUCUCGCGCGUCUUUACGUUGACUCGCUGCUUGAUAAAAGGAAUAGACAGAAAGUGAUGUCCACUCUAGGGAAGCUGUCGAAAGGUUCGGUAGCGCUUGACGAGGCCUAUGGCGAGGCAAUCAAGCGAAUAGAUGGACAAUUAGCCGAGGAUAGUUCGCUGGCCAGGCGUGCUCUAUCCUGGAUAACAUAUGCCCAGAGAAAACUUACUACUCAAGAGCUAUGCCAUGCUCUCGCAAUCGAGCCGGGCGAUAAAGCUCUGAAUAAUGACAACAUUUACGAUAUCGAGGAAAUUAUCUCCGUCUGCGCUGGGCUUGUUGCGGUAGACGAGGAGAGUAACGUCAUCCGGCUCGUGCACUACACGACACAGCAGUACUUUGAGCGGAUACGCCUGAAAUGGAACCCUGGCGCUCAGGAAGCGAUAGCGGUAGCCUGCUUGACAGGAUCGCCGAGAGUGUGCUCUACGAUUACACAGCGCAUCACUGGAGCGAACACAUACGACCUGUGGAGAACACAAUUUCUGGCUUAGCGCUAGCCAUUCUCUGCGACAAAGCGUUAGUUACCUCCACCAUCCAAGCUGCAUCAGUGC